UGACCCCUGAGAGCGACUAAACCACGUUUGAAAUAUGAUGUUUUCAACCUGACACAGAGAUGAUGAUCUCGGUUGUAUUCAGAAAAAGCACCCUUCCAUUCCAGAAGGUGUGGCAGUGGGCAGGUCCUUCACAAAGAUGCUGGACGUCAGCCCUGAGCCCGAAGCUGCCGUUUUCCGGAAGGGACUGUGGACGCGCAAGACCUCCCGCUGUCCUCAGUUUUGUGAGGACCGCUCUCCUCCAGAGGAACCAAACGAGUGCGGCUCCAUUUUCACUGAGAAUCAACAGUUCCACUCCUCCCCCGUGAGGCCGAAGAAGCGACUGCAGCUUGAACCUCCCAGGGAGCUGGAUCUGUUGCGCUACGACAUGAAGGACCUGUGGAAAAGUCCCAAGCCAGCCCUGUACCUGUCAUUUGCGGGACUGAUCCCCUUCGCCGCCCCCACUCUGCUCAUGGCUGUGACUGAGAACUACUACCCGGACUUGGCCUACGCUCAGUUAGCUUACGGAGCCUCCAUCCUCUCCUUUCUGGGUGGAGCCCGCUGGGGAUUUGCUCUUCCCGAGAGCAGCCCGGCCAAACCCGACUGGAUGAAUCUGGCCAACAGUGUCGUUCCCUCCCUGCUGGCCUGGGUGUCCAUGCUGAUGAGCGACAGCACUCGCAUGGCCACCGUCAUGGUUGUUAUGGGGCUGGGAAUCUCGCUGCAUUACGAUCUGUCUCUGCUGCCCACUUACCCCAGCUGGUUCAAAGCCCUUCGCGCCAUCCUGACCAUCGUGGCCUUUUUUUCUUUCAUCGGUACACUCGCAGUUAGUGGAAUAUAUCCAGAAAAGAAGCUAUUUCCAGGUUAAAUAGUGUAUGUAUACAAUUAAUAAAGCCACAUUGUUUUUAUGUUUUUUUUUGCUUUGGUAUUAUUAGACUUCUCUUCCUCUUCUGUCUUAGUCACACGUCUGACUGGUCAUGUUUUGUUUUUAUAGAUCCUAGCAAUGGCUGGCUUCUGUAAAGGUGGAACAGGAAGCAAUGACGGGAGACUCCUGUUGCCUCAUCUGGGCCUCACUUUGAAUCACUGUAUGUUAGUGGUCCAUCUUUAAGAUGAUUAUGAUGAAAUACUUUAGUGAAAUGAUUUGAUGCAACUGCUGAGUUGCUAGAAUCAGAAUUAUGAAUGCCACGCAUCAGAAGAACCAAACUAAACUGAAAAUUGGGGAUUUCUUGCUCAAUGAAUAUUAAAUAAAUGCUAGUUAUUCAA